CUAAUCUUCAGAGACAGGGAGUUUGCCACCAAAGAACAACCCAGAGCAAUGUCCCUGGCUGGAGUAAGCUGUCUGGUGACAGGAGCAGGAGGAUUUCUUGGCCAGAGAAUUGUCUGCUUGCUGCUGGAAGAAGAGGAGGCACUGGCUGAGAUCCGGCUGCUGGACAAAACCUUUAGCAAAGAAGCCCUUGAGAAAUUUGGAAAGUUCCAGGGUAAGACUGAGAUGAAAAUCUUGGAAGGGGACAUCCGAGACGUGACGUUCCUGAACCGUGCCUGUCAGGGGGUCUCCCUCAUCAUCCACACAGCUUCUAUCAUCGACACCUUGGGCCUGAUAGAGAAGCAGCUGCUUUGGGAAGUCAAUGUAACAGGUACUCAGCUAUUGCUGGAGGCAUGUGUUCGCUGUAAAGUCCAGCACUUCAUAUAUACCAGUACCAUAGAAGUGACAGGCCCAAACUGCAAAGGUGACCCAAUAUUCAAUGGUGAUGAAGACACAGCUUAUGAGAGCAAAUCAAAAUUUCCUUACGCCCAGAGUAAGAGACUGGCAGAAGAUUCUGUGCUGAAAGCAGACGGCCGUGUGCUGAAGGAUGGUGGCACGCUGAUGACUUGUGCCCUGAGAUCCAUGUACAUAUUUGGAGAAGGAUGCCCAUUUCUUCGAGGUCAUCUGGAUAACUGUCUGUUGAACAAAAAUGUCUUCCUCCGCUUCUCCAGGGAGGAGGCUCUGGUGAACCCUGUGUACGUGGGCAACAUCGCCUGGGCACAUGUGCAAGUGGCCAAAGCCCUGCGAGUCCCACAGAAAGCCAAGCACAUCAGGGGGCAGUUCUACUACAUCUCAGACGACACUCCUCAUAUGAGCUAUGCUGAUCUGAAUUACGAGCUGACCAGGGACUUGGGGUUUGGGAUCGAGCCCCGGCUCCCUAUGCCUCUGACAAUGUUGUAUUACUUCUCUCUGCUGCUGGAGAUCGUGAGCUUCUUGCUCCGUCCCUUUGUCAGGUACAUCCCCUCCACCAACCGCCACCUGGUCACUCUGCUGAACACCCCAUUCAGCUUCUCGUACAGAAAGGCACAGAAGGAUUUUGGCUACGUGCCCCGCUACACGUGGGAAGAGGCCAAGAAGCGCACUGGGCAGUGGAUUGCCUCCAUAGUCCCACAGAGAAGGGAGUACUUGAAAAGCAAGGCUUCCUAA